AUGACCUGGCUUAGACGGGUCAGGGAGACGCUCUCCUCUCCGAGGGUUUUGGCGAAGAGACUCGAGAUGAAGGAAGUGGAUGGGGAGAACAAGGCGGAUUACAACGAGGACCUGCUCCCAACAGAGCCAGAACGACGGUCGUGGCGAUGGGUACACUUUUUUACAUACUACCUAACGACGUCCUUUUCGCCUACAAGCUACAAUCUUGGUGCGUCUCUGGCCACCAUUGGCCUGCGAUGGUGGCAUACGCUCAUUGCUUCAGCAAUCGCCUCCUUAUUUCUAUCCAUCGUCGUAUUCCUCAACUCCCGCGGUGCAACUCGAUACCAUAUCGGAUUUCCCGUUAUCGCACGUUCAUCUGGAGGGCCGCGGGGUGCCAAAUUCUUUAUCUUCAUCCGGGGCGCUGUAGCAACGAUCUUCUUCUCGACAAACCUGUACUACGGCGGAAUGCUCAUGGCCAUUGUCCUUCGAUGUAUCUUCGGCACAGCAUGGGAUAACAUCCCAAACCAUCUUCCAGCUGACGCUGGAAUCACCAGUGCAAAUCUGCUAGCAUUCUUCAUCUACUGGUUUUUCCAAAUGGCCCUCAUGUUCGUGCACCCAAUUGUCCUGCGCCAUAUCUUCGUCAUCAAGGCGUUCUACUGCACAACCGCCCUGUUCGUGGUACUAGGCUGGGCCAUCCACCAAAACAACGGCUCCCUGGGCAGUUUCCAUUUCGAUGGACAGGUCAUUCUUUCCGGAUCACAGCUCGUCUGGCCCAUGAUCUCUGCUAUCAACUCCAUUUGCGCUGCGCUGUGCCCGAUACUGAUCAACCAGCCCGAUAUCGCGCGGUAUGCGCAGAAACCAUCUCAAGCGACCUGGUCCCAAACACUGGGAAUCUUCAUCAGCAAAAUCCUGAUCAUGUUCCUCAGCGCCGGCACAACCAGUGCGGCGCAGGGGUUUCUGGGUACUUCCUACUGGAAUGUGUGGGAUCUCUACGAUGCGAUUUUAACGAAAUACUGGGGCCCCGGUGCUCGUGCUGGUAUCUUCUUCGCAUGCUUCGGCAUGGUCCUUGCCAUCCUGGCCACCAACGCAGGCACAAAUUCGCUCCCAGCAGGCGCCGACAUGAGCGGGCUCCUACCGCGGUAUAUAAACAUCGUGCGCGGGCAGAUCAUCUGCGGUCUUCUCGGUCCACUUUUCUUCCCAUGGAAGAUCAUCGCCAAUGCGUCAAGUUUCCUAACCUUCUUAUCAUCUUAUACGGUCUUUCUCAUGCCCAUCUGCGGUAUCAUGGUGGUGGACUACUGGCUCAUCCGCCGCGGGAAUCUACACAUGCCAUCGCUGUACAGCCGGGAACCAGGGACCCCCUAUGUCUACUGGAGGGGCUGGAAUCUGCGGGCGAUUGCGGCGUGGGUGGCGGGUACUGCGUUUGUAAUCCAUGGGGUUGCGGGGGAGUUGGAUCCGCGGUUGACGGGGCAGGCGAGUAAGAAUAUGUACAAGAUUGGGUUUCUGCUUAGUUUUGUUGUGGGUUCGGUGGUUUAUUUUACUGGGUGUCUGCUGUUUCCUGUGCCUGUGUACCCGAUCAACAAGGAGGGCACGCCAGCCACUUGGGAGUAUAUGGCUGAUUCCGAAGGUUUCUUUGCUGGUGAAACACGCGAUACGAUCAGACUGGGCACUGGAGUUGUCAUGGGUGUGAAGCUUGAUGGUGAGGGCCAGGGAGAGAUUGGACGUACAAAGAAAGAAAUCGUUUAG